AUGAUUUGCUUUGGGUAUGAGGCCAAAGGAGAUGGGCCGCCUGAUGUGUGCUAUUACCGAGUAGCUCCUGAUGGCAAGUUCCUCGAGGUGGUGUGGCUCGUUGCGCCAGUUGUGGGAAUGAUUCACGACUUUGCUGUGACUGAAAACUUUGUGCUUUUCCCCAUCAUGCCGCAGGUUUGUGAUCUCGAGAGGCUGAAGCAGGGUGGCGAGCACUGGCAGUGGAGCCCCGAGACACCGUUUUAUGUCGGCGUUUUGCCUCGAACAGGCGCGAAGCCGGAAGAUGUUAAGUGGUUUCAAUACCGCAACUCAUUCCCCGGCCAUGUUAGCAACACCUUCAAGGACUCAUCGGGCAAUCUCGUCAUGGACAUUGCGCUCAGUGACAAGAACGUCUUCUUUUGGUGGCCGGAUGCCCAGUGGAAUGCCCCGGAGCCAAGUUCAAUUGUCUCCCAGUUGAAGCGUUUUGUGACUGAUCCAAAGUCUUCAAACCUCCAUCUUGCCGACCCAGAGGUGCUUCAAGAGGAUAACUCGGAGUUUUACCGAAUCGACGACCGAUUUGCCACUCAACCAUACAGGCACUGCUUCUACGACAUGUUGAAUCCGGCGUUGGGGACCGACUUCCCAGGGAUUACCCACCAGCUUGGCGGGGGAUACCCUCUGUAUAACUCGCUGGGACAUCUUGACCUCCAAACUCGUAAGGUAGAAGUGUAUUUCCCUGGACGAACACACAUGGUUCAGGAGCCAGUAUUCAUUCCCCGUCGGGGGUCUGGUGAGGAAGGAGAUGGGUAUUUGCUUGCGCUUGUAAACAACUACGCCACGAUGUCGAGUGAGCUACACUUGCUUGACACGAAAAACUUUACCAAAGUGCAAGUUGUCAUCUUGUUGCCCGUGCGGUUGAGGCAAGGGUUGCAUGGGAACUGGGUAGACGAUGAUAAACCAUGAUGUGGAAACAUGAUGCUUUUUAGCCUAUGAAGUGCCUAGGUAGUAAAAGAGAUUCGCGAAUCCUCUAUAGAAUGUAGUGGAUACAAAGAUUGAUACUCAAAAA